CUUGAAAUUGCUUUAGCUUGGGCUUUCUCAAUGUCGUUCUAGCCAUAUCGGAGUUUUAAAUAAUUUUAAUUGGUGAUAGUGUAUUUUCUGUGGCUCUGAUAGUUUUUAAUCUGGAUCCCAAAUGGCGGAGUAUUUGGCAUCCAUUUUCGGGACAGAAAAAGACAAGGUAAAUUGCUCCUUUUACUUCAAAAUAGGAGCUUGUAGACAUGGUGACCGUUGUUCCAGGAUUCAUAACAAACCUACAUUUAGCCAGACGGUGCUUCUGCAAAAUCUGUAUGUAAAUCCCCAGAACUCAGCCAAAUCUGCUGAUGGAUCCCAUUUGGUAAGCAAUGUUUCCGAUGAAGAAAUGCAAGAGCAUUAUGAUAAUUUCUUUGAAGACGUCUUUGUGGAAUGUGAAGACAAAUAUGGUGAAAUAGAAGAAAUGAAUGUAUGUGAUAACCUUGGUGAUCACCUUGUUGGAAAUGUAUAUAUAAAGUUUCGACGUGAAGAAGAUGCUGAGAGAGCAGUUAAUGAUCUUAAUAACAGGUGGUUUGGUGGUCGCCCUGUUUAUGCAGAGCUUAGUCCUGUUACCGACUUCAGAGAAGCAUGUUGCAGGCAGUAUGAAAUGGGAGUUAAAGAAAAAGAAGCUCGAGCUGCAUUGAAGAGAUCAUUCGAGAUGUUCAGCACAGACAUCCAGAGCGAGGAAUGCACUAGAAGUGGAUUUUGUAACUUCAUGCAUCUGAAACCCAUUUCAAGAGAAUUACGAAGAUAUUUAUACAGCAGAAGAAGGAAAGGUGGUGGUGGUGGUGGCGGCGGCGGCGGUGGUGGUGGCGGAGGCGGAGGUGGAGGUGGAAGAAGAUCAAGAAGUCGCAGUCCUAGAAGAUCGAGAUCACCUAGACGAAGGGACAAGAGAAGAUCUAGAUAUUAAGGCUUCUGUAAUUUAUAAGUUUUUAUUUACAAUUUACUAUGAUGUAUAUAUUUUCAUUUUGGUUGUUUCCAAAUCUAUCCUUAGUAAUUAAAAUGUUUGUUUGUAUAUUGUUCAGUUUUUCUUUUCUUUAAGUAUUUAUUAAGCAGGUUGUUAUAAUUAAAAAACAUUUGCUGUAAAAACUUUCCUUGCCCCACUUGUAAUUCUUCUUCUUGUAAUGAUGAUUUUUAAUGGGUUUUAUUUUUUUUUUUAAACAAGUUCAACAUAAUCUGUGCUCAGUAACAAUUUACUGAAAAUAUUAAUAGUGAUCUACUGAGAGGUAGAUACCAAUUUAUGAUUAUAAAAUAUUUAUUGAUUAAUUACAAUUAUCAACAAUCACCAAUUCAGUUGUGAAACAUAAUUCCAUUUAUAUUAUUAAAAAAUAAAUUUAUUUGUUUUAUUCCAUUCAUAUUAAUGUAUUUUUUUAACCCUAUAGUCCAUGGUGCAGACCCCUUUUUUUCAAAUUAUUAACCAUCUACCUUAAGGUACUAUUUCGCUGGCGCUGCCCACGACUGAGACUGCUUGCGGUUGACCACUGCUUUAGUUGAAUAGAAAGGAACCUAUUUCGCUGGCACUGCUCGGCAGUCUAGGUAUGACGUCAUAUCUAAGCUGCUCCUAUCUGACCACUCCUGAAGCAGUGGAGCUGUUGGCGGUUCGGGGGUUGUAGGUUAUGUUAUCAUAUCAGUGCAUUGUUUUGAUGAUAACAGUCAUGGUGAUACGUUUUAUUUCCUAUGUUUCUUUCAAGUCUGGAAAAAUGAUAAGAAAUAUUGUUUUAAAUUUAAACAAUGUAAUGGUAAAUUAUGUUUUUAAGGUUGAAGUAACAAGAUCAUUUAUUUAUUUAUUCCACCAACAAUAUUUUACAGCGAUAACACAAAUAUACCUAAAUCCAAUCGAUAUUAAAUAAAUUGAAGAAUCCAACAAAUUUUAAAGUAAGGUAAAU